AUGAACGAGGAUUGGCUUGAUCUCUUUCCUCAUUCUAUGGAUGUGUUUAGAUGGGAAGUAGUUUCGGAUCAUUGCUCGUGUGUUGUCACUAACUUGCCUAUGGAGAAUGUGGGAAUCAAGCUAUUUAGAUUUUAUAAUUUUUGGACUGCCCAUCCGGAUUUCAAAGAUGUGGUUAUGAGUAGUUGGAGGAUCCCUGUUAAGGCAACUGGGUUGAGAGCAAUUUACUUAAAGACAAUGAGGCUAAAGCAUAGACUAAAGAAAUUCAAUAGAGAUAACAUUGGUGAUAUAGGUCUGAAUUAUCCCUCGGCUAAGGAGGCUUAUCAGGAAGCUCAACUUCAAGCUCAAUCUCAUCCUCGAGAUUAUAGCUUGCAAGAGGCAGUGAAAGUGACUGCUGAAGUGUUUACUAUUCAAGAGCAUAUGUACUAUAGCUUCCUUGCCCAACGCAGUAAACUUACUUGGAUUAGGAAGGGAGAUAUGAAUACUUCUUUUUUCCAUGCUUGUUUGAAAAAACACAGAGCAGAUAAUAAUAUUGCUUCCUAUAUUGUUGAGCAAGGAAAUUUGAUUGAUGAUUUUCAGGAGGUAGUGGCUCACUUUGUUGAUCAUUUUAGAAGCUACUUAGGUAGUCCGAGUUCAGCUACAGGCAGGAUCGAUUUACAUUGUAUUGAGAUGGGUCCCAAGAUCUCUAUGGAUCAGCAACUACUUCUCUUAAAACCCUUUUCUCGUAAGGAAAUCAGAGCUGCAUUAUUUGGUAUCCCCAUCACUAAGUCUCCAGGACCAGAUGGCUUCGGAUCUGGUUUUUUCAAAGCAUUAUGGCAGGAUAUUGAAGAUGAAGUCUGUUCAGUGAUUGGUCAGUGUUUUGCCACAUGA